UCAUCACUCAUUUCUCAGAUCUCUAGGAAAAAAAUUCUCAGACUUUCAGAGCAUUUUGGUGGUUUUGUUUGCUUGGUUUCUCGGGAAAAUUCUCUUCUUACUUUAUUACUAUUCUCCUCUCUCUCUCUCUCUUGUCACACUGCUUGUUUAGCACUCAUUCUCUUAAUGCUUCUUUCAAAACUUCUCUCUUUCCUAAGCUGAGAGUGUUCUUUUUUUUUUGCAAAGCGUCAGUUUUUAUUUUUCAAUUUGGGUUUACCUCAUUUGAUUUUGGAGACCAGAAAAGAGAGGUUCCUAAAAAAAAGAGUGAGAUUGGUCUCAAAGUAGUUUUCUGUGUCUGAAAAUAGACAAAAAGGCUAAGGCUUUUAUAGAUAUGGGAGAGAGAGAAAUGAGUUGUUGUUGGUGGGUUUACUGAAGCAUUUGUGGUUUUUCUCCUCGAACUACCAAAGUUGGUUGCUUCAAGAAAGGGAUAUGGCCAUGGAAGGUGUAGGAUUUGUGGUUUGCAGAUUAGGGUUUCUGGUUUUGGUCUGGUUCCUUGAUGUCUCUUCUGCUACACUUUCCCCUACUGGUGUUAACUAUGAAGUGACGGCUUUGGUGGCUGUGAAGAAUGAAUUGAAUGAUCCGGACAAUGUUCUUGCUAAUUGGGAUGUGAAUUCAGUUGAUCCUUGUAGCUGGAGAAUGGUUACUUGCACUGAUGGCUAUGUCUCUGCAUUGGGACUUCCUAGCCAAAGCCUGUCUGGUAAAUUGUCUCCUAGAAUUGGAAACCUCACCUAUCUACAGUCUGUGUGGUUACAAAACAAUGCAAUCACUGGUCCGAUUCCCGAAACAAUUGGAAGGUUGGAGAAGCUUCAGACACUUGAUCUUUCGAACAAUUUAUUCACCGGGGAGAUACCGGCCUCACUUGGAGAACUCAAGAACUUGAAUUACCUGCGGUUAAACAAUAACAGUCUUAGAGGAACUUGCCCUGAGUCUUUAUCCAAGAUUGAGGGACUCACUCUAGUAGACAUUUCGUAUAACAAUCUUAGCGGUUCUCUACCAAAAGUUUCUGCCAGAACUUUCAAGGUAAUUGGAAAUGCGUUAAUCUGUGGCCCAAAAGCUGUUUCAAAUUGUUCUGCUGUCUUACCCGAGCCUCUCACACUUCCACAAGAUGGUCCGCCAGAUGAUUCAGGAACUCAUACCAAUAGCCAUCACGUUGCUCUUGCAUUUGCCGCAAGCUUCAGUGCAGCAUUUUUUGUUUUCUUUACAAGUGGAAUGUUUCUAUGGUGGAGAUAUCGGCGUAACAAGCAAAUAUUUUUUGACGUCAAUGAACAAUAUGAUCCAGAGGUGAGUUUAGGACACUUGAAAAGGUAUACAUUCAAAGAGCUUAGGUCCGCGACCAAUCAUUUCAACUCGAAGAACAUUCUUGGAAGAGGCGGAUACGGGAUUGUGUACAAAGGCCAUUUAAGCGAUGGGUCUUUGGUAGCUGUCAAACGUCUCAAAGACUGUAACAUUGCGGGUGGAGAAGUCCAGUUUCAGACAGAAGUAGAGACAAUAAGCUUGGCUCUUCAUCGAAAUCUUCUCAGGCUCCGCGGUUUCUGUAGUAGCAACCAGGAGAGAAUAUUAGUCUACCCUUACAUGCCAAAUGGGAGCGUCGCAUCACGCUUAAAAGAUAAUAUCCGGGGAGAGCCAGCAUUAGACUGGUCAAAAAGGAAGAAGAUAGCAGUCGGGACAGCUAGAGGACUAGUGUACCUACACGAGCAGUGUGACCCAAAGAUUAUACACCGAGAUGUGAAAGCGGCUAACAUUCUGUUGGAUGAGGAUUUUGAAGCAGUUGUUGGUGAUUUCGGGUUAGCUAAGCUUCUAGACCAUAGGGACUCACAUGUCACGACUGCAGUUCGUGGAACCGUAGGCCACAUUGCACCGGAGUACUUAUCUACGGGUCAGUCCUCAGAGAAGACCGAUGUUUUUGGCUUUGGUAUACUUCUCCUUGAGCUCAUUACUGGUCAAAAAGCUCUUGACUUUGGCCGAUCCUCACACCAGAAAGGUGUAAUGCUUGACUGGGUGAAGAAGUUGCAUCAAGAAGGGAAACUAAAGCAACUAAUAGACAAAGAUCUAAGUGACAAGUUCGAUAGAGUAGAGCUCGAAGAAAUCGUUCAAGUGGCGCUUCUAUGCACUCAGUUCAAUCCAUCUCAUAGACCAAAAAUGUCAGAAGUGAUGAAGAUGCUUGAAGGCGACGGCUUGGCUGAGAGAUGGGAAGCGUCACAGACCGGUAACGGGGAUUCGCAACCACCUCCGUUGCCUCCAGGGAUGGUGAGUUCAUCGCCGCGUGUAAGGUAUUACUCAGAUUAUAUCCAGGAAUCAUCUCUUGUAGUAGAAGCCAUUGAGCUCUCAGGUCCUCGAUGAUUAAUGUAACUCACUUUUUUCUUGUUUUCAUUCUCUUUUCUUGUUUUUUGUAUUUUGUUCUUUUUGUAAUGUUUGUUGAUAUGUGUAAUUUUUAUGUAAAAAAAUAUUAAAUGCAAUAGAAAAUGUUCAUUAGCAUGACAAAUUACUCAA